AUGCUGUGUGUGGAGUCGUUCGCUGAUACGAGUCUGGCCUGGGAGCCUUCAGCACCUGAGAACUGGUCACUAGUCGAAGGUGGACGCGGCCUUCGGAUACAGCCCACACCGCAGCGUGAUUUUUGGAGCCGGACCUUCUACAAACCGCUGCUUAUCAAAAAUGAUGGCCAGGUCCUUGUUUGCCCAGUGCCCGAUGCAGAGGCAACAAUGUCCCUGGCCUUCACCCUCAACCCUCAUGCUCAGUUCGAUCAAGCUGGUGCGAUGGUGAUCGUGGAUGAAUCCACGUGGGUGAAAGCAGGCAUUGAAUUUUGUGAUGGCGUUCCCAGGCUCUCCUGCGUGAUCACGAACGACGGCUUUUCUGACUGGAGCACCCAGCAGUGGCCACACUGGGAUGGGUCCUCCACAUCCUUGCGCCUUCGGCUCCAUCGGGAAUCCCCAGGCCCAGAGCAGGGUCCUGCAGUAGUGGUUGAAGCAGCACCCUGGCAUCCUGGGGACAUGGCAGAUACCGCUGCCGACUUUGCAUUUAUUCGCAUAGCAAGCUUCCGAAGCCACGGCAAGCCAUGGAAGAUGGGAGUGUUUUGCUUUGCGCCAAUAGAGCAGAAAGGCUGCGAGGCCACCUUCCACUACUUUCACAUCGGCCACAAGAUGAAGACUGCACAUGAUGCAGACCCCUCAGCGGGGGCCUGA